AUGGCUACUAUAACCAAAGUAGAUUUUCCUCAAAUUUUACAAAAAUUAAUAGAAGAAAUCAUAACACCAGACAUUCUAAAAAAUGGGAUAAGAGCUUGUGGAUUAUAUCUAUGGAAUCCAAAUAAUAUUAAUUUUGAUAAAUUUCUUGGCACAAAUCUAGUAGCUGCAGUUGAUGAGCAUAGUUUGAUUGAAAAUAAUUUGAACUUUGAUUAA